CCGGGUCUCCAGUCAAACUCCGAAUCGCCGAGGCCAGCAGCACUAUCCUGGCAAGCUGCUAUUGACGCGGCUAGGCAGGCUAAAGCUGCUGCAAACAUGAACUCGACCACGGAAUCCAACAGCGCAGCAGCCCAAAGAAAACGCCAGCAAUUCGCCAAGAGCAAGAAACAGCAGGGCAGUACUGUGAACAACAGGCCGGCCCGUGCCCUUUUCUGUUUAAAUCUCAACAAUCCCAUUAGAAGAGCCUGUAUUAGUAUAGUAGAAUGGAAGCCAUUUGAUAUCUUUAUAUUGAUUGCUAUUUUUGCCAACUGUGUGGCCUUAGCUGUUUACAUACCUUUCCCAGAAGAUGACUCUAAUUCAACCAAUCAUGACCUGGAAACAGUAGAAUAUGCCUUCCUUAUAAUUUUUACAAUUGAAACAUUUUUGAAGAUUAUAGCAUAUGGACUGCUGUUACAUCCCAAUGCUUAUGUAAGAAAUGGAUGGAACUUGAUGGACUUUGUAAUUGUAAUUGUGGGCUUGUUUAGUGUUGUUUUGGAACAACUAACCAAAGCAGAGAAUGUGGAUGGACAUGCAACUUCUGGUGGCAAACAUUCAGGUGGUUUUGAUGUCAAAGCCCUCCGAGCCUUUCGUGUCUUGCGACCUCUACGACUUGUUUCUGGAGUACCUAGCUUGCAAGUUGUCUUGAACUCCAUCAUCAAAGCCAUGGUUCCUCUUCUACAUAUUGCUCUACUGGUAUUGUUUGUGAUCAUCAUUUAUGCUAUCAUAGGACUGGAGCUCUUUAUAGGAAAAAUGCACAAAACCUGUUACUUCAGUAACACAAAUGUGAUAGCAGAAGAUGAGCCAGCACCUUGUGCAUUCUCAGAGAAUGGUCGCCAGUGCCCCAUGAAUGGUACAGAAUGCAGGGGUGGGUGGCCGGGUCCAAAUGGAGGCAUCACAAACUUUGACAACUUUGCUUUUGCAAUGCUGACUGUUUUUCAAUGUAUAACUAUGGAAGGAUGGACAGAUGUCCUGUAUUGGAUGAAUGAUGCCAUGGGAUAUGAAUUACCUUGGGUCUAUUUUGUCAGUCUCGUCAUCUUUGGAUCUUUUUUCGUUCUUAAUCUUGUACUUGGUGUAUUGAGCGGUGAAUUUUCUAAGGAAAGAGAAAAGGCCAAGGCCAGGGGAGACUUUCAGAAACUACGUGAGAAACAGCAACUUGAAGAGGACCUCAAGGGCUAUCUGGACUGGAUCACUCAGGCAGAAGAUAUUGAUCCUGAGAAUGAGGAAGACAUUGAGAGUGCAGAGAAGCGAAAUCGGGUCACAGUGGCCGAAUUAAUGGAAAAGAAGAAAGGAAGGUUUGCAUGGUUUAGCCAGUCAUCUGAAACACAUGCAAAUAUGCCUAUUGGUGAAACAGAAUCUGAUAACACAGACAAUGCUGGAAGUGGAGAGGGUGACAAUGCAACAUGCUGUGGAUCAUUAUGUAUCCGAAUUUCUAAGUCAAAGUUCAGCCGACGCUGGCGUCGUUGGAACCGCUAUUGGAGAAGAAAAUGUCGAGCUGGUGUAAAGUCUGUUUCUUUCUACUGGCUAGUUAUUAUUCUUGUUUUUCUCAAUACAUUAACCAUUUCAUCAGAGCACUACAACCAGCCUUUUUGGCUAACAUUGAUUCAGGAUAUUGCAAAUAAAGUCCUACUGGCUCUAUUCACAUGCGAGAUGUUAGUGAAAAUGUACAGCCUGGGUCUGCAGGCAUACUUUGUUUCUCUCUUUAAUCGCUUUGAUUGCUUUGUGGUUUGUGGAGGAAUCAUUGAAACUAUCCUGGUGGAGUUUGAAAUUAUGUCUCCUUUGGGAAUCUCGGUAUUUAGAUGUGUUCGGCUUCUAAGAAUAUUCAAAGUGACAAGACACUGGCAAUCACUGAGUAACCUGGUGGCCUCAUUGCUGAACUCAAUGCGAUCCAUUGCUUCCCUGCUGCUUCUGCUUUUCCUAUUUAUUAUUAUCUUUUCACUGCUGGGAAUGCAGCUUUUUGGUGGCAAAUUUAACUUUGAUGAAACACAAACAAAACGGAGUACCUUUGAUAACUUUCCACAAGCUCUUCUCACUGUAUUCCAGAUUUUAACUGGCGAAGAUUGGAAUAUGGUGAUGUACGAUGGAAUUAUGGCAUAUGGUGGACCAUCCUCCUCAGGGAUGAUAGUUUGUAUAUAUUUCAUCAUUCUGUUCAUAUGUGGUAAUUACAUCUUAUUGAAUGUCUUUUUGGCCAUCGCUGUUGAUAAUUUGGCUGAUGCUGAAAGUUUAAACACUGUACAAAAAGAAACUGAGGAAGAAAGAGAAAGGAAAAGAAGUGCCAGAACUGCCAGUUCAGAGAAAAGAGAGGAUGGGAAAUAUGAAAUUGAUGGAAUAAGUGAAAACAAUGACAGGAGAAUGCUGACUGGCACUCAGAUUUCAAUUGAUGAAGAAGAUAAGGAUCCUUAUCCGCCCAGUGAUGUACCAGGUGAAGAUGAUGAUGAUGAGCCAGAAAUACCUGUUGGACCUCGACCUCAAAGAUUGGAAGACCUAAACCUGAAGGAAAAAAUUGUGCCCAUUCCAGAAGGGAGUGCUUUCUUCUUAUUUAGUAAUACCAAUCCGAUCAGAGUGGCUUGUCACAGACUUAUAAAUCACCACAUCUUUACAAAUCUGAUCCUCGUGUUCAUUAUGCUCAGCAGCAUUUCCUUGGCUGCAGAAGAUCCUAUACGUAAUCAUUCUUUUCGUAAUAAAAUCCUAGGCUAUGCAGAUUAUGUCUUCACUAGUAUGUUUACAUUUGAAAUCGUAUUAAAGAUGAUGACGUAUGGAGCAUUUUUACACAAAGGUUCCUUCUGUAGAAAUUAUUUCAACUUGUUGGACAUCCUGGUUGUGGGUGUGUCACUCAUUUCUUUUGGAAUUCAGUCUAGUGCUAUUUCGGUAGUGAAGAUCCUUCGUGUCUUAAGGGUGUUGAGGCCUCUUCGAGCAAUCAACAGGGCGAAGGGACUCAAGCAUGUUGUCCAAUGUGUGUUCGUUGCUAUUAGAACUAUUGGUAAUAUCAUGAUUGUUACAACUCUUCUACAAUUCAUGUUUGCUUGUAUUGGGGUCCAGCUGUUCAAGGGCAAAUUCUACCGUUGUACAGAUGAAGCAAAACAACUCCCUGAAGAGUGCAAGGGAACUUUUAUUCUUUAUAAAGAUGGUGAAGUAGAUAAUCCCGUAAUUCGUGAUCGAGUAUGGCACAACAGUGAUUACAACUUUGACAAUGUCCUUGCAGCUAUGAUGGCAUUGUUUACAGUAUCAACCUUUGAAGGCUGGCCAGCCCUGCUAUACAAAGCCAUAGACUCAAAUGGAGAAAAUAUUGGUCCCAUCUACAACAAUCGUGUGGAGAUUUCUAUAUUCUUUAUCAUCUACAUCAUUAUUAUUGCUUUCUUCAUGAUGAAUAUCUUUGUUGGUUUUGUGAUUGUCACAUUCCAAGAGCAGGGAGAACUGGAGUAUAAAAACUGCGAGCUGGACAAAAAUCAGCGUCAAUGUGUAGAAUAUGCUCUAAAGGCCAGACCGCUUCGCAGAUACAUCCCAAAGAACCCCUACCAGUAUAAGUUUUGGUAUGUGGUAAACUCAACUGGGUUUGAAUACAUCAUGUUUGUCCUCAUCGUGUUGAACACGCUUUGCUUGGCUGUACAGCACUAUGAACAAUCUCCGUUUUUCAACUACACAAUGGAUAUCCUCAACAUGGUCUUCACUGCUGUGUUCACUGUUGAAAUGGUUUUGAAACUCAUAGCUUUCAAACCAAUGGUAUGUGUGGCAAAAAAGGAGAGAUGGCUAGGCUAUUUUAGUGACUCCUGGAACGUGUUUGACUUCCUCAUCGUUAUUGGCAGCAUUAUAGACGUCGUACUCGGUGAACUUGAUCCUUUUGCAAAGCCAACAGAGAGCCCCCCUACAGGGGAAUCUGGGAGUUCAGAGGAAAAUUCCAGAAUUUCCAUUACCUUCUUCCGUCUCUUCCGUGUAAUGCGAUUGGUCAAACUACUGAGCCGUGGUGAGGGGAUACGCACAUUGUUAUGGACAUUUGUCAAGUCCUUCCAGGCUCUUCCAUAUGUUGCUCUUCUGAUAGCCAUGCUGUUUUUCAUCUAUGCUGUAAUUGGCAUGCAGAUAUUUGGCAAAGUUGCCUUGCAAGACCAUACGCAGAUAAACAGGAAUAACAACUUUCAAACUUUUUUUCAGUCUGUCCUACUUCUUUUCAGAUGUGCCACAGGAGAAGCCUGGCAAGAAAUCAUGUUGGCAUGCAUGCCUGGAAGACGCUGUGACCCGGAGUCAGAGUAUGGUCCAGGAGAAGAAUUUACAUGUGGUAGCAACUUUGCUAUUGUAUAUUUCAUCACUUUUUACAUGUUAUGCGCCUUUCUGAUUAUAAAUUUAUUUGUGGCUGUCAUCAUGGACAAUUUUGAUUAUUUGACACGUGAUUGGUCCAUUCUGGGUCCUCAUCAUUUGGAAGAAUUUAAAAGAAUAUGGUCUGAAUAUGAUCCAGAAGCAAAAGGAAGAAUAAAACAUCUUGAUGUAGUUACUCUACUUCGACGUAUUCAACCACCACUGGGCUUUGGAAAACUUUGUCCACAUAGAGUUGCAUGCAAGAGAUUGGUAGCCAUGAACAUGCCCCUGAAUAGUGAUGGAACAGUGAUGUUCAAUGCAACUCUUUUUGCCUUGGUGAGAACAGCUUUGAAAAUCAAAACAGAGGGCAACCUAGAUCAAGCUAAUGAGGAGCUGAGAGCUGUUAUUAAAAAAAUAUGGAAACGAACUAGCAUGAAGUUGCUAGAUCAGGUGGUGCCUCCAGCUGAUGAUGAUGAGGUAACCGUGGGGAAGUUCUAUGCCACCUUCCUGAUACAGGACUACUUUAGGAAAUUCAAGCGACGCAAGGAACAAGGCUUGGUAGGAAAGCAACCCAGAAAGAAUACUACAGUUGCUCUACAGGCUGGGCUUAGAACUCUACAUGACAUUGGACCAGAAAUUCGUAGAGCAAUUUCAUGUGAUCUACAGGAAGAGGAUAUUAUAGAGGGGACUCAAGAAGAGGAUGAGGAUAUAUACAGAAGAAGCGGUGGCCUCUUUGGCAACCAUGUCAACCAUGUGCCUGGAGAAGAACAAAAUGUCAUCCAGCAAACAAAUGUUACACAGCGACCCUUGCAGGUUAAACGACUCUCAACUCCACCAGUAGCUGAUUCUGAUAAAUCUCCAUCUUCCUCCAACUUUGAGAAUUCUAUAUCCCAUAACCAAUUUAAUCACAGCUUAUUGGGAAAGGUCUCACCAAAUUCCACUAAUGCCAAUCUUAAUAAUGCCAAUGUGUCCAAAAUUGCAAAUGGAAAACACCCCAGCUCCUUAAAUCAUGAGCAAGCCACUGGCAAAAAUGGCAACUCCCACACAUUGUGCGUUGAAAAACCAAGGAAGUCAAGCAGCAGAAGAACACGAUAUUAUGAAACUAACGUUAGAUCAGAUUCUGGUGAUGGUUUUCUGCCUACUGUUUGUCAAGAGGAACAGAAACCAGAUGACUGGUUUGAGGAUGAGCAUUAUUCAGGCGAUCAGGAAUAUUUCAGUGGGGAGGAGUAUUAUGAAGAGGACAGCAUGCAGUCAGUGGAUAGACAAAUACAUAGUGACUAUCAGAAUCAAUUUCAAAGUAAUGACCUGGAUUUUGAGAGGCCAAAAGGUUAUCACCAUCCCUGUGCUUACUAUGAAGACGAUGAGUCUCACAGUUAUAUUGGAUAUCGCCGUUCGCCAAGGAGACGAUUGCUUCCACCAACACCUAUGGCAAAUCGAAGGCCCUCCUUCAAUUUUGAGUGUCUGCGCAGACAAAGUAGUCAAGAUGAUAUCUCCCUAUCUCCUAUAUUCCAACAGCGUACUGCUCUGCCACUACAUUUAAUGCAACACCAGGUUAUGGCUGUGGCAGGAAUGGACUCUUACAAAAGUAGAAGGCUCUCACCAGCACGGUCAACACGUUCAUGGGCAACACCUCCAGCUACACCACCCAGCAAAGAACGCUCCCCAUACUACACACCUCUGAUCCGUGUGGAUCGUGUUGAAUCCAGGGAAAACAUGAAUGGUAGCCUUCCCUCAAUGAGCAGGAGCUCUUGGUAUACCGAUGAUGUUGACAUUCCUUACAAAAUCUAUUCCCCAACAAAUCUAGCUGUUCCUAACAACUUUCUACAACGGUACUAUGAAAAACGAGGGAGUGCAGACAGUCUGGUAGAAGCUGUUCUAAUAUCAGAAGGUCUAGGACAAUAUGCGAAAGAUCCAAAAUUUGUUUCAGUUACUAAACAUGAACUUGCAGAUGCCUGUGAUAUGACUAUUGAUGAAAUGGAAAGUGCAGCAAGCAAUUUAUUAAAUGGCAAUCUUCAUAAUGGAACUAGUGGAGACAUGUUCCCUAUUAAAAACAGGCAUGACUAUGAACUACAAGAUUAUGGUCCUGGCUACAGUGAUGAGGAAACAGACAUUGGGAUAUAUGAAGAGGACCUAGGUGAUGAAAUGAUAUGCAUCACUACUUUAUAG